AUGGCGGCGGUUGCGGGCGUCACCGGGAGCUCCAGAUCCGCGGCCUGCUGCGCCGUGCUGCUCGCGGCCGUGCUGUUCCUCUCCGCACCGGCCACCACAGAGGCUUAUGAUUCGCUGGAUCCAUAUGGCAACAUCACGAUAAAAUGGGACAUCAUUUCGUGGACUCCGGAUGGUUAUGUGGCAACAGUCACAAUUACCAACUACCAGCAGUUCCGAACCAUAUCUGCACCCGGGUGGCGGCUGGGGUGGUCGUGGCGAAAGAAAGAGGUCAUGGCGAUGGUGGGGGCUCGGGCAAUUAAGCGGGGCGAUUGCUCAAAAUUCAAGCGCAGCCGUCCCCAUUGCUGCAAGAGAGAUCCGACGAUUGUCGAUCUUCCUUCAGGCACCCCAUUCAACCAGCAAGUUGCCAAUUGUUGCAAGGCAGGAGUUCUAAAGACAUUUAACCAGGACCCAGGAAAUGCUGCUUCCUCCUUUCAGAUUGCUGUAGGUCUUGCUGGGACUACCAAUAGGACGGUUAUUUUGCCCAAAAAAAUCACUCUCAAGGCUCCAGGUCAGGGGUACACUUGUGGGCGUGCUCUUGUUGUCGUGCCUACCAAGUAUUCUUCCUCGGGCGGGCGCAGGGUAACCCAAGCUUUCAGAUUAGUGAAUGGAGUGAGACCAUUGAAACGAGAAGUGAUUUGUUCUUGA